GCGGGUUUGGGAGUAAAAAGUAACCGUCGUUUUGUCGCGGCCCCGUCAAAGCAAAUGAGGUGCAUUCUUUUUUCGAUUUUUGACCUGUUUAACACACAAAUUGACGAUAAAUUUAAGGUUUCUGUAAAGUUUGGAACUGUACGCAGUAGCGGCGAUAGGUUGUUGGUUUGAAUAAGUGUUAUUUGUGGUGUAUUUUCUCCCUCGAGGGGACGCGUCCAGUCGCUUCGGCGGCGCCGUUUUUCUUCGUCUUCGCUCCGGGUUGCUCCGAUCGACCGUCGUCCACUAAGGAGUGGUGUAAACAACCACAAAGAUGGCCAUGGAGCUGUCGAUAAUCGCUCAGUUUGACGAGCUGCGGCGUUGUUCGGACGUGCUGCGCGAAGGAACCGCCGAGAUUGAAUUUUUGAAAUUUGUUCAGAUGCAAGAUGAGUGCAGGCUGCAAUGGCUCAAGGCAGUUCAGGAAGCCCAACGGCUGCAGCGGGAGCUGGACACUGCCCUGCGAGGAAUGUCCGAUCUGGAAACAAAGCUGUUUCACGCCCGCAAACUGCUCGAGGAGGAGGCCAAAGUGCGCAAGCACGCCGAACACGAACGGGAUGCGAUGGAAAAGAAAAUGAUGGCGGUUUGCGACAUCAUGAAAAACGAACAGGACAUCAAGGACGAAACCCGAGAGAGACUGGCCUUCAUGAAUGCCUACUCGUACAAACGCAAGUCCGCUCACGAUCGCAUCGACGAGCUGGGAAAUGACAUCAACUCGACAGGAUCUUUUUUGUCGGAUCUUUCAUUGACACAAUCCGAGGACGACUUCUUGGACGUGAGAAUGUCCCGCAAUCGAUCGUGGAAGAAGCAUCGGCCUUCCACGAACAACGCUUCCGGAGUGGCUUACACCGGAAACAAGCGCACCCGGCUCAGCCAGGACAAGCGAAGGAGUGUUAACCAACAGCAGGAUGGACAGAACAAACGAAAGAGCGUCAGCGAGGCCAAGAAGGUGAUCGAGCUGGGCCCGAACGAGAAGAUUGUCGCGCACACGAAGGUUUCGGUGCCGCAGGAUGACGGUCCCAUUCUGGCGGAAUCGAUCAUUCACGCGAUUCCACCACAGCAGCAUCAACAGCAACAGCCUAUGGCCAAACCCAUGCCCACGCCCAGGAAGGAUUCGGAAGCGAAGGAGAAUGUUUCGCCAAACAGAUUUAAAACGCUGACGAAAACCACUUCCAAGUUCUCAAAGAUGGACCUGUUCACACCUUCCGCGCCACCGUUCGAGGAAGUCGAGAAGGGCUACAACAACCGGAAUCCCAUGACUCCGUCCGUGAAGCGCAGCAUCAUGAAGCAGCACACGUUUGCGUCGAAGACGUUCUUGCGGUCGGAAACCUGCACGCAGUGUCAGCUCAAAAUCCGCUUCGGCGUGGCUGCCCUACGUUGCCGGGAGUGCAAAGCCGUCGUGCACACGGAUUGCCGCGACCAGCUGUCGAUUGCGUGCGUUCCGCAAAGCGCCGGAACGCCCACCAUCAAGGGCAACCAGGCGGCCUGCCUGGCCGAUUACACUCCGAACGUGGGUCCGAUGAUUCCGGGGCUAAUUGUGCACUGCGUGAACGAGAUCGAAAUGCGAGGACUGACCGAAGUUGGAAUCUACCGCGUGCCUGGCUCGGAGCGAGAGGUGCGUGCCCUGAAGGAAAAGUUCCUCCGCGGCAAGACGGUACCCAGCUUGAGCAACGUGGACAUCAACGUGCUCUGCGGCUGUGUGAAGGACUUUUUGCGCUCUCUCCGCGAACCGCUGGUUCCGUCAGCUCUGUGGAAGGACUUUUCCAACGCGGUACAGGCCAUCAGCACCAAGCAGAAACAAAGGGAGCUGUUGGGUCUGAUCGAACGGCUUCCGCAGCCCAAUCGGGACACGCUGGCCUAUCUGAUUCAGCACUUUCAGCGAAUCGCCGAGUGCAAAGAGGUCAAAAUGCCGCUGGAGAAUCUCGCACGCGUUUUCGCCCCGACCAUCGUCGGCUAUUCGAGCCCGGAUCUGGACACGCACGCCACCUUCGCCGAAACGGUCAUUCAGUUUAAUAUCCUGGAAAGCCUGCUCAACAUCUCAACCGACUACUGGUCGCAGUUUGUGAACGUGUCCGAGGAAGAGCCCGCGGAAGAGUACCACCAUCAUCAGCCAAAGUCGUAUGGCACGCUGAACGCAAAAAGUUAUAUGGGCACUCCGCUGCUCAAGUCCGGCCGGAAGGAGCGAAAGUUCUAUGCUACGCCGCCGUAUCCGGCUAGCAAAAAGAAGUGAUUUGCGGACGAUCCCUGUCUGCCAUCUGGGUACAAAUCCGGACGAUGACGCCGACAAUGACUAGUAAACACGCGCUAAACAGUACUUAUUUUAGGUUGUUUUUUUUUCGCUCGUAAGUGAUACAGAAACAAUGCGCCACUUUUUAUUUUAUUUUGUGUUUCCUUGUAUUGUCUAGUGCGGAAAUGGAAUUACAUUUAAAGACACGGUGUAAAAAAUGAGUCUGAACUAUUUCGCCUUAUUUAACGUACAUCCGAGCGACCCGUUAUGAGAAAAACAUAUUUUGUAUAGUAAAAUACCUGUUAUACAUUUAACAUACCUAUCCGCAUUUAACAUAGUAAUAAAUGUUCUGUCUACUAAA